AUGGCUUCCUCGUCGACAGGAGUGAAUGUCCUCCGAUGGGGCGCACUGGUCUUCGGCGUCUUUUACGGCUUCUCACACCAGCAAGCCAUCAGUUCGAGAGACAAGGCCGCAGCAGCGCAGCACGAAUGGGAUCGCAAGCAGAACCUCAUAAACGAGGCGAAGAAGCAGUUUGCGGAGAAGCACUCCUCAAAGAAGAGCGGUGAUGGCGUGAUAACAAAUCCAGAGGACCCCAAGUUCGACCUCGAAGCGUACUUCAAGAAACUUGAAAGCUCUUGA